AUGUCGGAAGAACGUACGACGAUUGGUUCGGAAACUUCGAAAACUGGAAACAAUGCUGUUGAUGUUUCUAAAGUUUCGUUUAGUAUUGAAAGAUUACUUGCACCUAUUGUGAAACCCGUCAACGAUGAGAAUAAUUUAUUGCAAAGGGCACAGUUUUCUUUGCGCGUUUGCAAUUCAAAUGAUUCAGAAACAAAAAUAUUGGUAAGCCCUGACUCGUCGGUUUCAAUGGCGGAAGAAAUUGAGCUUGAUGAUACUGAUAUGGUUUGUUCUACUUCACCUGAACCAGAAAUGUGUUAUGGCUCCACGCCCACUCAAUGUUCCUACUUCUCGUCCACUAUUUAUCUGUCUCCUGCUAAUUCUGCCAUGGAAAUGUUAACAGAAGCGUGUACAAGUAGCAGCGGUGCCAAUUCUACGACAGGUGUAGAAAGGGAAAUUCAAGAAAGAACUGCCAACGCGAUUAGCGACGAUGAGAGGAAAAAAAGACCGCGUACUGCGUUCACAGCUGCACAAAUAAAAUCAUUAGAAGCUGAAUUUGAGAGGAACAAGUAUCUAAGCGUUGCGAAAAGAUUGCAACUUAGCAAGACUUUGAAAUUAACUGAAACUCAGAUUAAAAUAUGGUUUCAAAAUAGGCGAACCAAAUGGAAGAGAAAAUAUACUAAUGACGUAGAAUUAUUGGCGCAACAAUAUUACUCGAGUUUGGGUAUACCUGCACCCAGGCCAAUUUUUGUUGGAGAUCGUUUAUGGUUUUUUAAUUAUCCAACACAAUCUCAACCAAACGCUACAUUUUUUCCCCAACAUUUGACGCCAAUGCCUUUACCACCAGCUUUACCAAUCGUACAACCGUUACCCAGUAAUUUACAAACUGGACAACAAUCUACAAUUUUUCAUAAUAUUCCUUUAAGUCAUCCCACGCAUCAUCUUACUCAGAGAUUAGAUUUUAGGCAUCAGGAACCUUAAGUUAAAUUUAUUAAUUAUUAUAUUAAAGAGGUGAAAUGUGUGUGCAUGUGUACAGAAAUUGUUCAUUAGAAAAUUGAUAUCGCGGUGUU